AGGUCAGGAGGAAAGAUCAUGGGGUUUAACUUGGCUGAGUUUUCUGAUUUAAGUACAGGAUAUAUUCUCUGCAGGCUACAUGAGCUUCUCCUCUCCUUCUAACCCUCAUCUGCACCACUGCUCUGAUACUUCUUGAUUGCAUCUAUCGAAUAAAAUGAAUACCCUGGGGGUCACUGUGGUCCUGGGCCUACUGUUAGGGGGUUGGGCUCAGACCAACAAUAGAGCGACCUCAGUGUGACUCCCUGAGGCAGAGGAGGCUGCUCUGGCGGCUCAGGAUUACCUCGACGCCCAGCACACUCAUGGCUACAAGUAUGCACACAGAAUAGAGGACAUCAAGGUUACACUAAGGUAACCUGAUGGAGACAACACAUAUAAGUUGGAGAUUGAACUGCUGGAGACAGACUGUCAUGUCCUGGAUCCCACACCUCUUGCGAACUGCACCGUGAGGCCUAAAAGAAUGACGGCAGUAGAAGGAGACUGUGAUGUGCUGCUGAAGAGGGUUGGCGGAGUGAUGACCGUCACAGCAUUCAAGUGUAAAACAGAAGAAUCUACGGAGGACUUGUGCUUGGGCUGUCAUACCCUCCUUCCCCUAAACGACACUACUGCACUGGACUUUGUCCACACCUCUCUGGCAACCUUCAACAACAUGACUGAAAACGUCACGUACGCUGUUAUGGAGGUUGGAAGGAUGUCAUCACAGGUGGUGUCUGGGGGGGCAAUCUAUUUGGCAGAAUAUGUUGUAGUUGAAGCUAACUGCACUGAUGACCCCUGCGUUCCCCUGAAUGACGCCAUGGCUGCACGUGGUUUUUGUACCGCCAGAGGUUCUAGCAUUGAUCACUUAGUGGACUGCAAGAUGUUUUUAACUAUGAUGCCUAUUAUAGAUGCCAACAGCACUGUGGCAGAUGUCAACAUCACUGCAGCUGCAGAUACCAACAGCACUGCAGCUGCAUCUCCUGGCAUGCCACCGAUGGUCCACAUACACACAGGCAGCCUGUCACCCAAGCUUGGUCUGAGGUACCACAAACUGACUACUCUCCAUGAGCCUGAGCCAAGUGGCUUCCUGUCCUCAGAAUCUGCAGAGUCAUCCGAAGUUGUACCUGUAGCCCCGCCAGUGGUUGAUGCUGCUGCACCUGCUGCUGAUCUCGCUGCCGAUGAUGCGCUAGCUGCUGACGCUGGAUCGGACUCAGAUUCCUCAAACAGUGCUGAGGGUCCUGUUGUUGUGAAAAUAGAUGUACCUGUCGCAGCUGCCCACGCAGUGGUUGACCCCAUUGUUGUUGUGCCAGUGUGCCCAGGAAGGAAAAUAUUCUUUUAAGAGUUAAGGUCCUACAGACUCUAUACUUGCUUAUUUCAGCUACACUGGCACUAAAAUAAUGUAUGACUAAUGUGGUUGGUAGAUGUAACACCAAUUCAACAAAGAACAAUCCAUUAUAGAGUGAAACUAAUUAAUUGCAAAUUAUGCCUAAAUCAAAUAUAUACUUGUAUUGGAUGCUGAAUAAAAUGUCCCAAGUCAAAGUUGUGUGUUCCAUUUGGUCACCAGUCAUCCUUUAAAGGUGGGGUAGGUCAUUUUGGAGAACCAGCUCGAGUGGACUAGAAUUUGAAAAUACACAGCCGGAAAAAAAUCUGCCACUUCCUUACAGAGCCCCUCCUCCAACACAAACGAACGCGCACAUGACCGAUGAGGGCACAGAUGGAAGGCUGACAGGCAGGUAGGCCAUCCAGUUAUUUUAGCCGGGCCGGCUCAGAUGAUUGGUCGUGAUUUUUACAGUACUACGGCUUCCAUAGAUGACGUUUUUUUAAGAUAUUCAUUGCCAUCGGGAUGUUACGAGCAUUCCAUGGAAUAUAACAAGUGUAUCGCGAGCCGGUUUCUCAAACUUACCUACCCCACCUUUAAAUGUACUGAAACAUUUCUGCUGCACUACAUUUCCUAGACGCAUUCAAUAGUAUACCCAAGGCCAUUGACAUGUUCGAUGAGGACACACUGAUAUACGUCAUGCCACAUAUUUAAAGGUGAUUGUGAAACAAAUGACUGUUUGCCCAGUGUGUUGACUAAUGCUAAUGACAUCCCUGUGAACCCAUUGACAUUUCCCCAAUAAAGAACAUUUUGAAAUUG